AAGAGAUGGUGGACAGUUCACCACAGCGGCUGGAGUUGUCCGAACGAGUGUGAUCCUGUUCUGUUGUCCGGUAUAGAGUGCGGGUAUCAGAAUGUUCCGGCUCCUCGUCGCCUGCCUGGUGGCGACCCAGCUCGCCCCGUCGCGGUGCUCCUCCCUCGCGGUUCUGCCAGAUGAUGAGGAGGACGAGGAGAUGUUCCAAAUGCGAUCCGAUUUCGAGGAGUUCAAAGUGGCUUACAACAAGAGUUAUACCGGAGAGGAAGAAGAGAAUCGCCGUUUCCAAAUCUUUGUGGAGAACAUGAAGAAAGCGCAGAUAUUUGAGGAGGACGACAAAGGAACGGCCGAGCAUGGAGUCACCAAAUUCAGUGACAUGACAGACGAAGAAUUCAAUCAGUUCUACCUCAACCCGGUAAUGAUGAACGACUCGUCCUGGAUGGAGGAGAUGGCUCAGAUACCUGUGGCCGAACCCCCGCCAAAAUGUCGGAUAAGACGCCGAUGCGACUGGCGUCAACAGAGAGCAGUAACUCAGGUCAAAAACCAGGGGAGGUGCUCUGCGUCUUGGGCUUUCGGGUGCGUCGCCAGUAUCGAGUCGCAGUGGUACAUCAAGACGAAAGUGCUCAAAGUCCUCUCAGAGCAAGAGAUCCUGGACUGUGACCGUUACGACAAGGGCUGUUCGGGUGGUUAUCCCUUCACCGGCUUCGCCGCUGUACAACGUAUGGGGGGGUUGAUGUCUCAAAGACAAUACCCCUACCAGGCCAAGAGGUGUAGGUGCAAGCAGGUACGCCAGAAACGUGUCGCCAGGAUUAAGUACUUCCGAUGCAUCAGCCCUCAUGAACAAGUGAUGAAGAGGUGGGUGGUCACAAGAGGGCCCAUCGUCAUCUCAAUGAACGCGGCCCUGUUGAAAACCUACAAGGCUGGAAUAAUCCGUGCGAGCACAUACAGGUGCCCUGUGAACAGGCUGAACCACGUCGCAUGCAUUGUGGGAUACGGCUACCAAAAGGGGAUGUCGUACUGGAUCGUCAAGAAUAGCUGGGGACAGAACUGGGGAGAAAUGGGAUACUUCCGCCUGUACCUUGGGGAACAGUGCUGUGGAGUGAACCGCUUCCCCAUGUCCGCAAUUGUUUAAGUCGAGUGCACUGGGCGCGUCGCUGCAGCCCUGGUCGAUCGGAGGCGGCGAGGCGACGGGAAGAAGCUCCUCCACCUUUGCAGCUUGGCAUGGCGUUUCUGCACAAAUACGACCCGUUCCAACACACACACCAUCAGGUUACCACCCCGGCCCAUUUCUACCCAGCCCCAUUCCAGUCACUCGGCCACACUGAGCAGCAUCUUCGGCUCUCUAACAGCCCCCAUGGCCGCCCCCACCGCGAGUCCGAUCCGCUUGGACGUGUCAGCAGACUCCACCCUGCUAGUGUGAGCCCUGGUAUGGAAGGCUACCCCGUCCUCUCAGGGGGGCACCAGUCAGAGACCCCGAGCGACGUAGAGAGUGGAAUAGGCGGCCAUGACGCCGUCCAUCGGGAACGCUUGUGUUCACUGGACUGGUUUGGUCUUGGGAGAGGCGGGUCCCGUUGGAGUUCUGGCUCAUUGGAAGGGAUGGGUUCAAGGCAUCAAUUUCCUUAGAUCACGGGGUUGUCAGCUGGAAUGCUUCCGUUUGGAAUGAAUGGAUUCCUUCCCAGAGCUUUCUCCAGUGGAACACUUUUCCUUGGGAAGGGGUUGGUUCAAUUCCCUGCUGUUUUGCACCCUGACCUUUCUGUGGUUGAACAAGCUCUGCAAUUUUGUGGCUUUUGCAAAGACUUAAUAAAAUGACGUGAAGCAUCA